UUCAAAAACACUCCUGAGUUUAUUCAUGCAUUUUUUUUAUUAAUAUCUAUUUAAGCAUGUAUUUUCUCUUUCAUUUUUAUGAAACACAUCAACUAUUUACAAAUGUGUUUUCCCCUUCCAGUGAAUUCGAAUUAUUCGUGGCAACUAGAGAAGGGCAUGUUUGGACGUUCUGACCUGUGAUUCUACAUAUAUCCAUGGUGAUCUUGGAGAACUUGAAAAACAGGACGUUAAGCUACAGAACCCAUCAAUCAAAUAGAUAAGCUCAGCGUCGUGGUUGAAGGAAGCUCAGAAAAGGGCAGGUUCGAAAAAGCAAUUUUCCUGUUUUCCCUCUUUUUCACAAUCUCGAUAAGGAGAAAAACAAAAAACAAAACAGGACCGCAUCCUUCACAGUACAGCAUCCUUUAGGAUGCCCCAAUCUGGCUGACGGGCAGUGGAGCAGAUCGCUUUGGAAAGGAAAACGAGGAGGAGGAGGACGGGCUCUCCUUGCUGAAGGCUUGACUUAGGUACAGGCAGGGGGUGACUAGAUGAUCGUCGAAGUCAUAAGCCAACCCCACCGCCCGGGAUCUGCUCGUUGGAACCCAGGCUUGCACGUCUACGAACAUGCCGACUCCUGCUCGGAACUCGUCUCACCAAGCUCCAAGAGCGUCGCCCAUAAGGGAACUGGACUCCAGAGGCGACAGACUUGGUUGGCAGGGAGAGUAAAAAUGGACAUGAGGCUCAGCUACCUCAGGAUGUGGAAACAUUACUCUAUAUUAUUUAGUGUUGAAUAAUAGUAACACCGCCGCCGCCCCAGCUCCCUCCUUACUAGAGAUUUAUCUUCCCAGCAGUCUGCUCGUCAUUCGGAAACUCUACCUCUUUGUGCCAGAUCAAACGCUCCGCCCGAGUCUUUCCGAAAUUUCCCGAUAGCUAACGGAUGUGUCCGAGACCGGAUACGGAAAAAGACGAGCGCCUCCGGAAGAAGACGAGCGAAGUUCGGCAAUCCCAAAGCACACGAAGACUUGGAAGCCGAAUCGGGCGAAAAGCCAUCAUGGCGGACAAGAUCGCGCAGCUCCGGGCGGAUGGGAUCCAGAAGCGGUUGGUGCAGGAAGGCCGGGGGCCGACGCCUGAUUACCAAGACGGUACCAAGGUUACUUUCCACUAUUGCACAAUGCUUUGCAGUUCAGAUCAGAAAGUACUAGAUGAUAGUCAUGCCCGGGACAAACCUAUGGAGCUGAUCUUCGGCAAGAAAUUCAAAUUGCCUGUCUGGGAAACCAUCUUGCACAGCAUGCGGGAGGGCGAGGUGGCUGAAUUCUUGUGUGACACAAAGCAUGUGGUCUUAUAUCCAAUGGUGUCCAAGAGCCUGAGGAACAUUGCAGCUGGGAAAGAUCCUCUGGAGGGACAACGACAUUGCUGUGGCAUUGCCCAGAUGCACGAGCAUCAUUCGCUGGGUUACCCAGACCUUGAUGAGCUCCAGCAGAACCCCCAGCCCCUCAUCUUUGCCUUUGAAGUGCUCAAGGUGGAAAGGCCUGGCACAUACCGACAGGAUCCAUGGGCUAUGUCAGACGAGGAGAAGAUGAUGGCUGUGCCCCUGAUCCACCAGGAGGGCAAUGAGCUCUUCAAGGAUGGCAAAGUGCAAGAGGCGGCUGCCAAGUACUAUGAUGCCAUUGCUUGCCUUAAGAACCUGCAAAUGAAGGAGCAGCCAGGAUCUCCAGACUGGAUCCAGCUGGACCAACAGAUCACUCCUUUAUUGUUGAAUUAUUGUCAGUGUAAGCUGCUGAAUGAGGAGUACUAUGAAGUGCUGGAUCACUGCUCUUCUAUUCUGAACAAGUAUGAAGAUAACGUCAAGGCCUAUUUCAAGAGAGCCAAGGCUCAUGCCGCCGUCUGGAACGCAACUGAGGCUCAGGCCGAUUUUGCCAAAGUUUUGCAGUUGGAUCCAUCGCUGACCCCAGUGGUAACCCGGGAGCUGCGCAACUUGGAGGCCCGCCUGCGUGCAAAAGAUGACGAGGAUAAGAUCCGUUUCAAAGGCAUCUUUUCCCAGUAGUCCUUGGACCUGCUGCUGCUGCUCUCGCUCACGACAGCUCUGGCUUUAUAUCUGAGCCUGUCCAGGGAGAAGUUGUGUAAAUGUGGUAUGUGGCUCCUUGUCAGGCUUAUCCCCACCCUCCGCAUCAAUCUUGGAGGGAGCCAGCUUUUCUUGCCAACAAAGUCUGUACUCUCCAUGCCAAUAGCACUAUUUGCUACUGCCAGGGUUAGAUACGGCAAGAAAACAUUUCGGAUUCUCCAAGCCAAAGCAGGGUGGAAGGCAUGCCCAGAAAUGUAUCUGCCACUUAGGUUGGGAGCCUACCUUUCUCUUAUAAUUGAUUUUAUUCUCCUACUUCACCACACAUGGUGCCUUUUGGUCAUCUGAGCACAAGGAAGGAAACUUACUUUCGUGGGCUGAUGUCUUACGAAAGGGCUGGCAAAAGCUCUGGCUGAAGGUUUUGCUUUGAAUUGAGGCUUCUUUUCCAUCUCCAAAUCUCCUUUCAGCUGCUGGUGGAAAGGCUGGGCAUAGGGGCAUCUGAUCUCUAGAAACAGCAGAGGCUUCCACAUCUGAGAUGUGGGCAAGAGAAAAGGGGAUGCCAGGAAUGAGGAGUCUGGGAGGGGAUGGGCUCUUGAAUAUCAUCUCCGCUCCCUCUCUUUAGAGUCAUGUAAGCACAUACACAGUCUCAGUUAGGCAUUCUUUUCCCCAAUCUUUGCUACUACUUGAAUAUAUAGGAUUAUAUUCAAUAAUCUCCCACCCCCAACUUUCCUUUCUAACCAAGAAGUAUAGUGAGCGUCUCUGUUGCAGGUUAAGAAGGGAAAGCAAAGAGAAAAGGCUGGAGCUCAUGUCUGCUGUAGUGACGUGGCUGUGCUGGCAAACUCCUCAGCCCACCUCUGGGGAAAGAAUCCCGUGCUGGUUGAGUCUUGAGUUGUAGGGAUGUGUAUUAUUUCUUUCCAGCCUUGGAUUGGUGGAGCUGCUGUAGUUUGCCUGCCAAAGGACUUUUGAGUUCCCACUCAAUGCUACUUGGGCUUGAUAUAUAUAGAAGAAGAGACACCUGGUGGGUGUGGCUCCCUAAUUAAAAUAGGAUGACACCUUUCUUUCCUUCUCUCUGUAGAAGCCAUAGGAGCAAAGGUGAUGCUAGUGGCCUAUCUCGUCUACGUAUUGGAGUAGUGUACACUUAUGUAUGUGUACACUUUUGAGAGCAAGCAACAGAAUUUCAUUUUUAAUGUGUGCCAGUGUGCCCACAUUAAAAAAAUGACAAUAAAGGCUAUCUAUCUUAUCUUGGGCGCUGUACUCCACCCUCUCGAUAGCUUCUGACUGCUUUAGAAAUCUCCGCCGUAAAAACCAUCACUUCUUAAACUUUCCUCCAUUGGUAGCAGUUACUGGCAAAGCAGUCUGUGGGCUUAGGUUCUGCGGCCACUCCUUGUUCAAAAUGUGCCCAUUCUGAGUUUUGUUCUUGAGCGGAGCAAGGAGGAGACGGGCGUGCAGUCCUGAGCUGUUUUUUUCCUUUUUACAGAAGCCAGCCUCAGCUUGGGCUGUGAAACCGUUGUCAGUGCCUCCCUCCAGAAGGAAAACUCUGUAGCUGAGUUUCCCCAUUCCUGUACUGUUUGCUGCAGGAAUUGUAUGGGGAUUACCUUGCUGGAUUUGGACAAGAAAAUCCUCACCACUCCAAACUGGAGCACUAUUGACUGUCUUGUUUUUAAUGGUAUAGUGUCCGAGAAUGAAGGUCCCUCCUAGGGGCUUCCCAAUCUACUCCCCAUUCCCAAGUAAUGGAGAAUAGUAGUCCUUUGUGUUGCUGCUGGGGGCGGGGGGAAUCUUUCAACGCCUCAUACAUUUUCUUGGCAGAUUUCCAAUCUAGGAUCAAGGAUCUGAUUAGUGUGUUUGUAUCCAUGUGUCUCUGUGUGCGUCUAUCUAUUGAUUGCAGCCAGGAGACAGGGUGAAAAAAUGUUCCUUAAUAAGACCAGAACAAGGGACACGUCUGGUGAGUGAAGCUUUCCAUAAUUGGGAGCUUUCUAGCUGAAUUUGGGCUGCCUUUGGGAAGCACGGCCAAAGAGGACCUAAAUGAAGAAGCUGAGCUAUGCAGAACAGGAGAGUAUAUGGUUUUUUUUUUUUCUUUCCUGUGAUGGAUGAGACUGAGAAUUGUUUCCUACUGGGGACAGGACAGGGAUGUUUCCUUCCAUCCUGCCUCCUCAAAAUUUCUAUUGCCAAAGUUGCCUGUGAACCUCUCCAGAUUUGCUAUAGACCUGUAGCUGGCCGUUCACUAAUUUUACUUCUAAAAUUGUUUGUCGUCUUUUAAGGGCCAUGAAUUAGAUCUAGUCUAUGUAUAUUUCUCUCACUAAAUUGCAGGGGAUUUCAUGAUUUACUUUUUAUUUCAAGGGACUCCCCGAGUUCAAAUAAAUUAAUCUCAAUCCAAUCCAUGACUCCUUGGAAGAAAAUACACCUGGUUUCCCUGUGUACGUCCCAAAUGUUGGUAAAGCUGUGCAUUUGUAUAGCUAGAGCUGCUCUCCAGAUGUUAGUUCUUGGCUGCUAUUUGCUGUGCCUUUUUUUGUGAGCUCUUAUAGACUAAAAAUAUGCUUUGAUGGCUUCUAAACCAGAGUUGCCUGGUAAUGACAAUGAUGGUGAAAUUUAUGGAUGCAUCUUCAGCACCAUAAGGAUGCCCAGUAAUGGAAAUGAGAACCCAUUACUAAAGUGUUUUGUGAUGCAAAGCUUCCACAUGCUGGCAGAAGGCAACAUGUAACAGUUCGAAUUAAAGAAUAUUUUUUGCUCGGGA